AUGUUCGAGGAAAGGUGUGGAUCCACCAAUGAAAUGGGCAGCAAAGACUAUGAUAGCCUUUCCUUUGAUGAUAUCGCUCUAAUUCUCCAGUAUUCCUUUCCUGGCUUGGCAUCACGAUUUCUAUUUGCCUUAUCAAAAAAUAGUACUCUUCUUCGCAGUCCGGAUCGAGGUCUCUCGUGGAAAAUGGUGUACAAUCUGGAGAACGAACCGGUCGUUCCUGUAAUAGAAGAGCCGAAGAAUGGACCGAAUGAUUUUCUUGUGAGUCUUAUUAAGGGAUUGGACAUGGAGAACACUGAUUUAGAUGCCAUGCUAUCCUGUCAUGAAAGGGAUCAUACCACGCUGUCCUGUGUCAGCAGUUACGCCGAAUUGGUCGCGCUUGCAGGGAAGGACGGGUUCCUGGCAGUUUCCAUGGACAGCGGCGUGACCUUCACGACGUCACGGCAGUACCUAAAGCCGGCGUUAGGCCCGGACUGCGAUGUGGCCUAUUUGGCUGUGGUGGAUGGCCGCUGCGUCCUGGCCGCGGGGGGGCGCACGGUUUGCCGGGUCGCAAUCACCGCGGCAGCUUUCAAUCAGGCAUCGCUUAGUGGGGUGACGGUGAUUCAAAAGUGCAAGAGUGUGGUGUGCGCUCUUGAGGUGAUACGCUAUUCCGCAACAUCCCUCCAUAUUAUUGUGGCUGAAGAGGGAUGGCUACAUCUCUCGUGGAAUAAUGGAUCAGACUUUAUUUCCAUACCACAUAAAUUGGGGUGUAUUCGUUCAUUGGAUUCUCUGAGUGCCCUAAGAAACUGCGAAAUGCCACCGUUUCCAGAAAGUUCUAUGGAGGCCUAUUUGAAAAGAAGUAAAAAUAACGCUUUGCCUGAAAAUUGUCAAGAAACAUACGAGUACUCGUGUGGCAGCACUAUCAAAAAUCCUGGCUGUUUCGCGCUAGAGGAACUCAAAGCGGCAUUGAGCGUUCCCUUUAGAAGAUUUGAAAAGGACUCUGAUAUUUAUUUUCGUUGCUUUUUAGUCAUAGGGAACGGUACCGAAGUGCUCUCAUACGAUUACACCUGCGUGAUUUGUCUUUGUAUUAGCAUUUCAGGAGAUUUACUCACAACCUUUUCUCACGCAAGCUCCGUCAAUUACGUACCUCUAGUUCGUUCUAGUUUGAAUAAUCCCAUGUUUUGUUUGAGCAUGGUUGUUGCUCCAGAACGCGUGCUUUUCGCUCGAGCGUGCUCGGGUGGUGUUAGCACAUCAUGGGAUCUGAAAAAGUGGUCAGAUCUCCAAUUUACUUCACCUGUCGGCCUUUUUGCUCUUGAUGGAAGCGAGCUUAUCGUCUGUAGUGAACGAAACACGACGUUUAUAAUGCGUCAUUGUGAUUCUACAAUAGUAACUUCGAGCAUUGUUUCUGGUAAUUUUCGUGUUCACUCACUUAAACGAGCAUCUAUACUAUACUAA